AGCGUUUCCAGGUCAGCUCAAACAUGGAGAGGAGAGCACAGAGACAAAGAGUGGGUGACAGGGAGCUGGUGGAGGAGAUGGGCUCGGUGGAGAGGCAGUGGGUGGAGGCAGAGGUGCUGGCUCUGCUAUCAGUGUGGGACGAGGUUGGAGCUCAGCACGUAGCAGAGAGCAGAACCACGUUUGAGCUGAUCUCAGAGCGUCUGAGGCGGCUCAGCGUUGUGCGCAGCUGGAGGGAGUGUCAGGCCAAGUGCAGAAGCCUGGGACUUCAGAGCAGGAAGCCUGAUGCAGCAGUAGCAGCAAACUACAGCCCAGCAGUGGAUGGAAGGCUGGUGGAGGGAUGGAAGGAAGAGGUGGCAGAUGUGGGUAGUCAAAGAGGUAUCUAUCCUUCCUCAGUCACUAUCCCAAUGCAAGAAGGUAAAUCGAGGAGGAGUAGUGCCCAUCCUUACACUCCAACUGUGGCUGAAGAAGGAGGCCGCCACUGGACAGACGAUGAAGUGCGAGCGCUGUUGUGCGUCUGGGCCGACCGCCACAUCAGGGAGCGCUUGAAAUGCACGCUACGCAAUAAGUCCAUCUUCCAGGAGAUGGCACGACAGAUGCAGAGAACCUUUGGGGUCGUGCGCAACUGGAAGCAAUGCCGUACGAAAUAUAAGAACUUGAAGUAUGACUACAAGACCGCUAGAAGCGCUCAUGCUGCCGGAGGCUGCAGUUCAGGAGGCCCGGGGAAGUACAUGAAGUUUUUUGACGAGGUGGAAGCCAUUCUGCUGGACCACGGACUGGAAAAUGGAACUUUGGAGAUGCAGAAGAGGUUGUAUGAUGGAGAAGCUACAGCAACGAGGCAACAAACACCAGCAGCCCCUACAGGACAGAUAAUGGCCUCAGACAGUGAGGUUGUCAUAGAAAUCGAUGAUGAUGACAACAGUGACGAUUAUGACCUUGAUGGCGACGUGGAAGCAAAAUGGAGAGGCACAGAUGCUAAUCUAACACACACGGAUUCGUCCAGCUCUGAUCAGUUCCACGUGGUCACCGUGUCCGACACUGGUCGAAACUGGAGUGACCAAGAGGUGCGAGCGCUGAUUCAAGUCUGGUCCGAUGAGCGUAUAAGCAGGCAGCUGGAGAGUUCGACCAGAAAGAGGGACAUCUUUGUACAGAUCUCCAACCGGUUGUUGCAACUAGGCAUCGAACGUGACUGGAAACAGUGUCACACUAAGUACAAAAACCUCAAGUACCUCUACCGGUCCCUUCAGAGGGGUAAGACUGACGAAGACGACCCAAGACGGAUCAUGAGGUUCUACGAUGAAGUGGACGCCAUCAUGAAUCACACAACUAAUGUCUCAGUAAAUGACACAGAAGCUGCUGACUCUACAGAUUUAGGCUCAUCCGCCAUGCUGGAGGGUUGUGAGGAGAACAAUAACGUAGAUGUCCGUUUGCCAAAGACAGACUCUGUGACAGGAGCAAUGGGAGCAAACGAGGGAAAAACUUCGGAUUUGUUCGCAGUCGUAACCCGUGAUGUUGCAUCAAACACUGAAGAACAAGAGCUGGAGCAUCAUGUCAAUCUACAACACAUACUGAUGAAUGCAUUUGAAAGUAGGGCAGAAAAAGAUGAUAUCUAUUCACCAAAAAGAGGAAAGAAGAGAAAAGCUGUGGAUCAAGACCCCGCGAUCCAAGAACCAGCGAAAAACGUGGACACCAGAACAGAUUCAGAGAAUGCCCAGUGCAAAGAGGAGCAUGAUCACAUCCCAAUUAUUAAGAUCAAUUCAGUGUGUUCAAUGGCCUCCUCUAAUCCGUCCCCACAGAGCCAGGACGAUUCUGGACCGAGCAGCGCCAUGUCCUCCACCGCAGAACUCAACAUUGGCCAGAAGCUGAAUGAGGGGAAGACGAAGCAGAUUUUUGAGCUCCCGGACCAGCCCGGACUGGUUCUGGUCCAGUCCAAAGACCAAAUCACAGCUGGGAACGCAGCGAGGAAGGAUCAGAUGGAGGGCAAAGCUGCCAUCGCCAACAAAACGACGAGCUGCGUGUUCAAGCUGCUGCAGGAAUCUGGAAUUAAGACGGCCUUUGUGAAGCAGCACUCGGACACGGCGUUCGUUGCGGCCCACUGUGAGAUGAUUCCCAUUGAGUGGGUGUGUCGGAGGGUGGCGACCGGAUCCUUCCUCAAGAGGAAUCCGGGAGUCAAAGAAGGCUUCCGCUUCUCCCCCCUGAAGAUGGAGAUGUUCUUCAAAGAUGAUGCCAACAAUGAUCCUCAGUGGUCAGAGGAGCAGCUGCUGGAGGCAAAAUUCUCUCUGGCUGGGCUCACUAUUGGCCAGUGUGAGGUGGACAUCAUGAAUCGCAGCACGGUGGCCAUAUUUGAAAUUCUGGAGAAGGCCUGGGCCACUCAGAACUGCACCCUGGUGGAUAUGAAGAUUGAGUUUGGGGUGAAUGUGAAAACUCAGGAGAUUGUCCUCGCCGAUGUGAUCGACAAUGAUUCCUGGAGGCUGUGGCCAGCUGGAGAUCGGAGCCAGCAGAAAGACAAGCAGGUGUACAGAGACCUGAAAGAAGUUACUCCAGAGGCGAUGCAGAUGGUGAAGAGGAACUUUGAAUGGGUCUCUGAAAGGGUCAAGCUGCUCCUGGAGCCACAGGCCAGCAGCAGGGUGGUGGUUCUGAUGGGUUCCACCUCAGACAUGGCCCACUGUGAGAAAAUCAGGAAGGCCUGCACCUCCUACGGGAUUUCCUGCGUCCUGAGAGUCACCUCGGCACACAAGGGUCCAGAUGAGACGCUGCGCAUCAAAGCAGAAUAUGAAGGUGACGGCGUACCCACUGUGUUUGUGGCCGUAGCUGGAAGGAGUAACGGUCUUGGUCCCGUCAUGUCUGGAAACACUGCUUACCCUGUUAUCAACUGCCCUCCUCUCACUCCAGACUGGGGAUCACAAGAUGUGUGGUCAUCGCUCCGCAUGCCAAGCGGUCUUGGCUGCUCAACAAUCAUUUCCCCUGAAGCUGCCGCUCAGUUUGCAGCGCAGAUCUUCGGGCUGACCAACCACCUCGUGUGGUGCAAACUGAGAGCCUCCAUGCUCAACACCUGGGUGGCUCUCAAGCUCGCUGACAAGAAGUUACAGGCCUGCAGCCUCUGAAAUGGAUAAAAGGCCUGUUAUAGCCCAGUGUGUUCCACUUUGUCAUGUCUUUGUUUACUAUGAAAUACCCAAUAACGGUAGAUGUCUCUCACGCACAAAUCAUUCCAUUAAAAAAGAAAAAUGAUGAAAAGCUU